AUGGGAUGCUUGAGCUGUGCGAAAGGGAGGUUCUUGAAGGCACACCCCUUUCUGUAUCCUCUCUGGGCGCAGCCUGAAGACCCAAUCUUCAAUGAGGAGUACCGCUUGGUGGUGGCUGAUACCUGCCCCCACCGGGGCAACGAGGCGUGGUGCCCAGGCGCGGAUGGCCGUGCGAACCACUUCGGCGUGAAGGACCACUUCGACUUUGCGGCGCCACCGCCCAAGUUCGACGCUGGAACUCGACUGGUGGGUGGAGGGUGCCUUAACCCAUUUUUGGGACCUGGGAACCAUGCCAGGUCACCAUGGGAGUGA